AUGCAGUGGACGCCCGCGCGGCUCUUGGCGCUCGCGAUCGGCAACGUCGACAACGACAGCGACCAAGCGCGGGCCAAGAUCGUCGUCGGCAGUCUUCAUGGCGUCCUGCGGAUCUACUACCCAACGAGCACGGAGUUCAAGAUCGAGCAUCUUCUUCUUGAGGAGCAGCUCGAGCACCCGAUUCUGCAAGUCGCGAUCGGCGCCUUCCUUCCGCACACGACGGCGCAAGCGGUCGCCGUGCUCAAGGGCGUCGGCGACAGCGGCAUGGCUGCGAGCUACUUUAAGCUCUCGAAAAAGUACGAGCACCACCUCGGGUUGGACGGCGAGCACUUUACGGCUUUCAACAUGCUGCAUGGACCGUUUGGCGGUGCGCGCGAGAAGGACCAUUUGUGCGUUCAGGCGCUCGACGGCCGUCUCCAAUUCUUCGAACAGGAUCGGUUUGCAUUUUUACAGCAGCUUCCGACGUGCCUCGUGCCUGGCCCCGUAUGCUACGCGCCAAGCAUCGACUCGAUCUUGACGGCCACGUCGGAUUUGCACGUCGAGUGCUACCGAUAUCAGAUUCUCGCCACCUCCAAGAAGGCUGUCAAGGACGAGAAACCAGCCACCGGAAGCAAGUCUCUCCACGCCGAGUGGCGCGUCAACGUCGGCGAGCCCGUUCUCGACCUGCAGAUCGGCCGCGUUGCCCCAUCAACGUCGGCCAAGAGCUUUGACAUCGUCGUGCUCUGCGAGUUUACUCUCUUUUGCCUCCGGCCGACGGGCGACGUCUGCUUCCAGAAACGUCUUGGGUUCCACCCGUCGGCGCUGCGACUGUACCCGGCCAACGACGACGACGACACGCCAGUGACCAACGUCCUCUUGGCGACGCACGCCAAGCAGUGGAUGAUCUACAAAGCCGCCAAUCUCGUUUGGUCGGCCGUGGCCCCGACCGUCUCGACGGCGCUUGGCGUCGGGGAAUUCGGGGGCAUCCCUGGCAUGAUUGUGAGCUUGGACGAGGACGGGCGGUUGUGUGUGAGCUACCUUGGGACCGACCCGCCGACGACGUCGGUCGUCGCUGCCUCGGACACAAAAGAGAUCAACUACGAAGAAAUGGACGAAGAGCAUCGGACGCUGCUCAACAUCAUUCGGCGCUCCCAAGGCGAGCGCCGGUCCGAGCCCAAGGAGCGAAUUCUCUUGCGCGCGCAAGUCCCCGCGAUCUUUGAUGCGCCCCACUCGCCCCACGACGACGACUCGAGCUUCAUCCAAGACGCUGACGCGGUGUACGGCAUCGACCAGCAGCCCGUGACGCUCACAAUGCGCGUGUACAUCACGUACACGGGCAGCAACGUGAUCCAGAACCUCGUGGACCGUCUCAAGCUGCUCUACGAUACCGACGAUCUGCUCGAGAUGCAGUACGCGGAUCCGCUGCCAUUAGCCGACUUUUUCGGCGCCAUCGACGAGCACUUUCAUGCGAUAGCGCUUCUUGACGCGUGGGUGUGA